AAGGGAUUGGAAUUGGCACAUAUUAGUGCCGCCAGAGGUUGGCUCCGGUCCGGAUCUUGAUGGCGGACGUCUUCGGAGCGCGACUCGAGGAGGAGCCCUGAGGGCCAGCCAUGGCGACUCCUACUCGGAGUCCUCCUCCGCCCGGGCUGCUCCUGCUGCUCCUGGCCUUGGUCGGCGGAGGCGGAGGCGUCUCCUCGGGGCUGCCCCCCGGGUGCAAGCAGGACGGCGCGGGAGGGCGGCCCCGCAGCAGCAAGACCCCGCCGCCGCCGCCGCCUCCUCCUCCUCAGGGCGAAGGAGGAGCAGCAGCAGGAGGGAGGGUAGUCUGCAGCAGCCUGGACCUGGCCCACGUCCCGCCCCCCGGCGCCCUCCCCGACAGGACCCUCACCCUGAUUCUUAGCAACAAUAAGAUAUCAGGAUUGAAGAAUGGUUCCUUUGCUGGAUUAAGUCUUCUUGAACGAUUGGACCUUAAGAACAAUCUUAUUAGUGUUAUAGAUCCAGGAGCCUUUAUAGGACUUUCAUCUUUAAAAAGACUAGAUUUAACAAACAACCAGAUAGGAUGCCUGAAAGCAGAUAUGUUUAAAGGACUUGCAAAUCUAGUCAGAUUAAAUCUUUCUGGAAAUCUGUUUUCAUCACUUGCACAAGGAACAUUUGAUCAUCUUACUUCACUGAAGUCUCUAGAAUUUCAGACUGAUUAUCUGCUGUGUGAUUGUAAUAUGUUGUGGAUGCAGCAAUGGAUGCAAGAAAGAAACAUAACUGUUCGUGAUACCAGAUGUGCUUACCCAAAGUCACUUCAGGCUCAACCGGUUUUGAGUGUUAAGCCGGGGCUUCUAACAUGUGGUCCCCCUCUGGAGCUGCCAUCUUUCUACAUGACUCCUUCUCAUCGUCAGGUUGUGUUUGAAGGAGACAGUCUGCCUUUUCAGUGCAUGGCUUCAUAUAUUGAUCAGGAUAUGCAGGUUCUGUGGUAUCAAGAUGGGAAGAUAGUUGAAACAGAUGAAUCCCAGGGUAUUUUUGUUGAAAAAAACAUGAUUCAUAACUGCUCACUCAUUGCAAGUGCUCUGACCAUCUCAAAUAUUCAGGCUGGAUCUACUGGAAACUAUGGGUGUCAUGUGCAUACCCGACGUGGGAAUAAUUCAAGGACCGUUGACAUUGUGGUAUUGAACAGCUCAGCGCAGUACUGCCCUCCAGAAAGGGUUGUCAACAAUAAAGGCGACUUCAGGUGGCCCCGAACUUUGGCAGGCAUUACUGCAUACCUGCUGUGCACUCGUUACUCAGCUGGCAGUGGAAUAUAUCCUGGCAGCUCUCAGGAUGAGAAGAGAGCUUGGCGUAGAUGUGAUAGGGGAGGAUUCUGGGCUGCAGAGGAUUAUUCUCGUUGCCAAUAUGCAAAUGAUGCCACUCGAGUCUUGUAUAUGUUUAAUCAGAUGCCCUUGAAUCUCACUAAUGCAGUAGCAACAGCUCGGCAACUGCUAGCUUAUACUGUUGAAGCAGCAAACUUUUCUGACAAAAUGGAUGUUAUUUUUGUGGCUGAAAUGAUAGAAAAAUUUGGAAGAUUUGCUGAGAAAUACAAGGAGCUCGGUGAUGUGAUGGUUGAUAUUGCAAGUAAUAUAAUGCUAGCUGAUGAACACAUCUUGUGGAUGGCACAGAGAGAAGCUAAAGCUUGUACUAGAAUUGUGCAGUGCUUGCAAAGUAUUGCUACAUACCGGCUAGCUAAUGGAGCUCAAGUUUACUCCACAUAUUCUCCAAAUAUUGCUGUGGAAGCUUAUGUACUAAAGAGUUCUGGCUUCACGGGUAUGACCUGCACAGUGUUCCAGAAAGUGGCUGCAGCAGACCGUAUAGGAAUUCCUGACUAUGGGCGAAGGGAUUUGGAUGGAAGUCUUGAUAAGCAACUGGGCUUUAAAUGCAAUGUUUCAAAUACAUUGUCAAGCCUGGCACUUAAGAACACCAUUGUGGAAGCCUCCAUACAACUCCCACCUGCACUUUUUUCAAAAAAGCAUAAAAGAGAAAUAAAGCCAGUAGAUGACACUGUCUACAAGCUUCAGCUGAUUGCAUUCCGCAAUGGAAAACUUUUCCCAACAACAGGAAAUUCAACUUUAGCUACUGAUCAGAAACGCCUCAGUGUGGUCACACCAGUUAUCCUCACCAAAAUUGAUGGCUUAAACAUACCCCAUCAGGACAUUCCUAUUAACGUGACAUUGCGGCGCAUUGCACAUGGAGCAGAUGCUGUUGCAGUACAAUGGGACUUCGAUUUGCUGAAUGGACAAGGAGGAUGGAAAUCAGAUGGGUGUCAGAUUCUUUCUUCAGAUGAAAAUGUUACUACUAUACAGUGCUACUCACUCAGUAACUAUGCAGUCUUGAUGGAUUUAACUGGACAUGUUCAGUCACCUGGCUAUCUACACCCAGUUAUUUAUGUGUCUGCCGUGGUUCUGCUGAUGUGCCUUUUGCUGAUCAAACUUAGCUAUAUCUAUCACCACAGUGUCAUCAGAAUCAGUCUGAAAAGCUGGCACAUGCUAGUUAAUCUCAGCUUUCAUAUUUUCCUGACAUGUGUGAUGUUUGUUGGAGGCAUAACCCAGAGCAAGAAUGCUAGCAUCUGCCAAGCAGUUGGCAUAAUUCUACACUAUUCCACACUUGCCUCAUUACUGUGGAUGGGAGUCACUUCUAGAAAUAUCUAUAAACAAGUUACUAAGAAAAUGAAAAGAUGUCAAGAUCCUGAUGAGCCGCCACCACCCCCUAGACCAAUGCUUAGGUUCUACUUAAUUGGUGGAGGGAUCCCUGUCAUAGUCUGUGGAAUAACAGCUGCUGCAAAUAUAAGGAAUUACGGAAGCAGACCUCAGUCAGCAUAUUGUUGGAUGGCAUGGGAACCAAGCUUAGGAGCUUUUUAUGGACCUGCUAGCUUCAUUAUUUUCGUAAACUGUGUGUAUUUUCUCAGCAUAUUUAUACAACUGAAAAGACAUCCUGAGCGGAAGUUUGAGCUUAAAGAGCCAACUGAGGAACAGCAGCGUUUAGCACCCAAUGAACAUGGUACUCUAAACCAUCAGGAUUCGAUUUCUGUAUCUCUAGUUUCCACUUCAGCUUUGGAAAAUGAACACAGUUUUCAUGCUCAACUUUUGGGUGUGAGCCUCACUUUAUUUCUGUAUGUGACACUGUGGAUUUUGGGGGCCUUUGCCGUUUCUUUGCCUUACCCAUUGGAUUUGGUAUUCAGCUGUUUUUUUGCAGCCAUAUGUUUAAGCCUGAGUGGUUUUCUGUUAACACAUCAUUGCAUUAAUAGAGAAGAUGUCAGACAUGCUUGGAUAACAGCUUGCUGCCCUGGAAGGAGCACAUACUCGGUACAAGUUAAUAUUCAGCCCUCGUCCAGUGCAAGUGGGACAAAUGGAGAAUCUGCCAAAUGCACCAAUAGUAGUGCAGAGUCAUCUUGCACUAAUAAGAGUGCAUCAAGCUUAAAAAAUUCCUCUCAAGGUUGUAAACUAACCAACAUCCAGGCCGCAGCUGCUCAGUGUCCACCAGGCUCCUUAGCACUGAACACUGGUGCUCCACUUGAUAACAGUCUUACUGAACAUUCGGUGGACAAUGACAUCAAAAUGCAUGUGGCCCCUCUUGAGGUACCUUUACGGACAAAUGGACACCCAGGACGCCAUCACAAAAACAGGAGUAAAGGACAUCGUGCCAGCAGACUGACAGUCUUGCGGGAGUACGCUUAUGAUGUCCCCACUAGUGUAGAAGGAAGCAUCCAAAAUGGUUUAACCAAAAGCCGACAAAGUAUCAGUGAAGGCCAUUCAAGGAGUCGAAGAGCAUAUCUGGCUUAUAGGGAACGGCAGUAUACCCAGUCCCAACAUGACAGCAGUGAUGCUUGUAGUACUGUUCAAAAAGGACACUGGAAUACUGAAAAGUCAGUGCCAAAAAACCUCAAAAAGGAUGUGCUGAGGAAACCAAUUGUGGAGGACCUGGAAGGGCAGCAGAAGUCCUAUGGCCUAAAUUUAGCUGUCCAGAAUGGGCCAUUGAAAAACACUUCCCAGGAUGGGACGUUACUGAGUGCUGACAGCACAGGCAAUAUCAGGACUGGGUUAUGGAAACAUGAAACUACUGUGUAGUGUUACUGGACACCCUUAAAAGAGAUGUAAAGGAACAUUCUUUGAAUGCUAUGAAUAUUUCCCCGGUUUCCACAUAGGUACUUGGAAUUGGAUUGGGAGCGGGUUGGACGAUGGGAAAUCUGACAUGUGAAUAUAUUUUAUACUUUUUAAAGUAUUUCUGUGCCAUUUUUACAAAGACCUGUGCUGUUCUGUGAAUCUUCCAUGAUCAGUGUCCGGUUUUAAAUGCAAGAUGGACACUAUUUUUUUUACAUGUAAUAUUUCCUUCAUUGGGAUAUGUCCAACACAUUUCACUUUUAUAUUUAAAUAUGUAAAAUAAAUAAUUUUCUCUAAAAAAACAAAACCCAAUCUUAUGUAU